AUGGCCUCCGACAACUGGAAAGAUGCAAGCGAUGCUGACCGCCAGAGCCCAAACGAGUGCUCACCUGACGCCUCUAGUACGAAACCAGCUGGCAGCCGAUCGAAGGCGAGCAUCCGCGCCUCACUAGCAUGCGUUCAAUGUCGCAGUAAACACGUAAAAUGUGAUGCAAGGCAACCGGCCUGCGGUCGGUGUCUUGUGGAAGAAAAACCAUGCUAUUAUACCAAGUCAAGGCGGGGCAUUCGGGAUCCAAAGAAACGAAGUUUGAUUUCAGAUCAGAUACCGGUUUCCUCGCCACAGUAUAACAGUACAGCAAUUAAAUGUCCGUCUAAGAUCUUACCCUUCGACAUGCCGAAUGCAUUAUCAAAUGGUUGGACAACCUCGAAGCCAGCCGACACGAAGAGGCACGAAUCAUUAGCAUCCGCCUUCUUCGACUAUUUCUACCCUGGUCAUCCUAUUCUGCCGCCAAAGAACUACUUCUUCGGGUACGUCGAAUCGGAUCCCAAUGCUUAUCACUUCUUACUCUCUGUUAUCGACUUCUGCGGUGCGCUGCAUACCGGAGAUGCCAGGUUAAAUGACCUUCGAGAGGCAACGUAUGCCGCAGCUUGUGGACCUUUGCCCUUCACAGUACAGUCAGUACAAGGCCUGCAUUUAUUAUCCACAAUUGCAUUCGGCGAAAGCAAACUUGAACACCAUAUAAGCUUCGGGAACCGGAGUUGGAAGAUGGCGAUAGAGCUUGGUAUGCAUCGUAAAGCGUUCGCGGACCGUACUUCGGACCCAAUAUGGGCAGAGACCUAUCGACGAACUUGGUGGUACAUAAAGUUUCAGGGUAUGAUACGGCGCGCCCACGAAACGGAGCCGGCAGUCGAGACUUAUGAAGUCGAGUCGGACGUGGACAUGCCCUACUCGGAAGAAUGGCAAUAUCAAUCAGGGGAUAUUCCCCCGCCUAUAUCUGUGUUACAGCACGACAGAGAAGUCGACCUUGGGCGUUCCGAGUUUCCAUCCUUAGCUUUACAGAUUGAACUUUGCCGCAUACAGGCUGAUCUGUCGCUUUUGUGCGACGAAAUAAGUGGUGGGGAUGACGAAAAUAUGGAAAAGAUCAAUGAGGCAGACCUGAAAAUCUGCGACUUUUUGCGCCGUAUCCCGCGAUGGAAAAUGGAAGUCAUUGAUCCAGAAGGAAGACCAGACCAAGUACUUUUUACCACAGUGGCCUGGGCUCACAUAAGUCGAAUUCGGCUUAGACAAUCCGCACUCAGAAAAGGCCUUAAUAUACGUGAAUACUUUCCAUUAGGCCCAGGUCGUGGACCCGAUCGCAAGGGACAAGCUGUGAAACAAUUUGGUUGGAACCCACACCCUGUUGAUAUCCAAGCAGCCAACAGCGUCUGUGAUCUAUUUCGGUAUUCAAUUCCCAUCAAAAACCUCCGGCCUAUGAUGGUUCCCGGCCUCCUGAGAGUGGCUAUCGUAUACUUGGACGCAUGCGUAUUUUUGGGACUAGACUCCCCGAUUUUUCGCGAGAGGAUAAAUACUCUCAUACGGAUCCUUACGCUACACGGAGAAACAUGGUCUUUGUCGAGGAAGAUAGCCGAAGACAUUCAAGCCGUCGCAGACGAAUACCUACCACUACCAGACAAUUUGCAGGGGCACUCCACGAGCCCUGAUUCAGAUGAGUGGAACGCCUUGGUGGCUGAGGCCAUCAACAACAGCCCCUUUUUCGGGCCGUCCGCCGUGGGGUUCGAUCACCAAUCAUUUCUCAACCCGCAUCUACAAUGUGUAUUGUUAAAUAAUCGCGAGUCGAAUCAUCAUGUUCUGGCGCCUAUUGUACAUAGUUUCUCGACUGGCUCAUCAGCGCCAGCUACUUGA